GCGGCGGGGGCGGCGCCCAGCCCGCGGGAAGGGGGAGGGACGCGGCCGGAGGGAGAGGGGAGAAGGAGGGCCGGAGGGCGCCAGCAGCCAGCCCGUCUGCCGGGAUAGGCAGAGCACGUGCGAGAGCACAAGCAGGGGGAGCAGCAGAGGGAGAGGGAGAAGCAGGCUCCCCACUGUGUAAGGAGCCUGAUGCUGGUCUCGAUCCCAGGACCCUAGGAUCAUGACCUGAGCCGAAGGCAGACGCUUAACCAACUGAGCCACCCAGGUGCCCUAAAGUUGACACCAACAGUGUAUAUUUGUGCAGAGUCUCUCCAUCUUUUCUUUUGAAUUUCCUGCUGCCAGAUUGACGGAAUUACCCUGCGGCAACAGAUUCCAGACCAAAUCAAUUAAAAGUCUUUUCCGAGUGCCUGCUGUGGGUGGAGUUGCGUGCUGCUGGGCUUGGGGUGAGGUGGAGACGGAGUCUGUACAGGAUGUUUUUCUCUGGCAGGCAGUGUGGCCAUGUUGGCAGACCUGAAGAACUUUUACUGAUGUUCAAGAUAUUUCUUAUCAUCAUUUGUCUUCAUGUUGUUCUGGUUACAUCCUUGGAAGAGAAUGCUGAUAAUUCCAGUUUGUUAUCACCAUCUGUUGAAUCAUCUUUUGUUGGUUUUGUCCCCUACACCAAUGGUACUCCAGAGGUUGAAACUACAAGCCUAAAUGAUGCUACUUCGAGUGUAUUAUCCACUUUAAACAAAACAGAAAAAACUAAAAUCACUAUAGUAAAAACCUUCAAUGCAUCAGGAGUCAAACCCCAGAGAAAUAUCUGCAAUUUGUCAUCUAUUUGCAAUGACUCAGCAUUUUUUAGAGGUGAGAUAAUGUUUCCAUAUGAAGAAAGCAAUGUUACCCAGCAGAAUCAAAAUACGACUAAUGACACCUUAUCUGGAGUCCUGUCUCUAAGGGAAUCAAAACGAUCAGAGCUAAACAAAGCCCUGCAAACCUUAAGUGAGACUUAUUUUACCGUGUGUGCUACAGCAGAGGCCCAAAGCACAUUAAAUUGUACAUUCACAAUAAAAAUGAAUAAAACAAUGAACAUAUGUGCUGCAAUGGUUGCUUUGAGAAGAGUAAAGAUUCAACCGAUGGAACGGUGCUGCUGUUCUGUCAGGAUACCAUGCCCUUCCUCCCCGGAAGAGUUAGGAAAACUGCAGUGUGACCUGCAGGAUCCUGUUGUAUGUCUUGCUGGUCAUCCAGAUGGCUCACCAUUUUCUUCUAGCAAUUCCAUCCCAGUUGUUCCUCGGGCCACCAUUCUGUCCCAGGUCUCCAGUGCCUUCUCUUUUGCUGAACCUCUAAAUCAUCCACCUGUAACCCAGAGCCCUGCCUCUCCAACACGAGGGAUUUACCUUCCUUCUCCCCAGCCUUCAGCUCCCCUAGCUUCCAGCUCUGCCAUUGAUAUGCCCCCCAGUUCUGGAACUAUCUUUUCCCCUAUGCCCCAAACUGAUCUUUCCCACACACUGCCAACUGUGAAAUCCUCACUUUCCUCUCCCACCGCGUCUGCCCCUGUGAAUGUCAUCACGACCAGCACACCUCCUGACAAGACAGAAGUUGUUUAUACCAGCAGCAUCAGUGAUUCUGAUCUUGAGGACCAAGUGUCCCAGAUGGAAAAGACUCUGUCCUUGGGCAGUUUGGAGCCUAACCUCGCGGGAGAAAUGAUAAACCAUGUCAGCAAACUCCUUCAUUCCCCACCUGCCUUGCUGGCUCCUCUGGCCCAAAGAUUGCUAAAAAUAGUGGAUGACAUUGGCUUACAGCUGAAUUUUUCAACUAAGACCAUAACUCUAACCUCCCCUUCUUUGGCUCUGGCCGUGAUCAGAGUGAAUGCUAGUAAUUUCGACACAACUACCUUUGCUGCCCAAGACCCUGCACAUCUUCAGGUUUCUCUGGAAACGCAGGCUCCUGAGACCAGUAUUGGUGUUAUUACUCUGCCUUCAUCACUGAUGAGUAAUUUACCAGCUAAUGAUGUGGAGCUCGCUUCCAGGGUUCAGUUCAACUUCUUUGAAACACCUGCCCUGUUUCAGGACCCUGCCCUGGAGAACCUCUCUCUGAUCAGCUACGUCAUAUCGUCCAGUGUGGCAAAUCUGACCGUCAAGAACUUGACAAGAAACGUGACAGUUACCUUAAAGCACAUCAAGCCGAGCCAGGAUGACUUAAUCGCGAGAUGUGUAUUUUGGGACUUGGGCAGAAAUGGUGGCAGAGGAGGCUGGUCAUCGGAUGGCUGCUCUGUUAAAGACAGGAAGCAGAAUGAAACCAUCUGUACGUGCAGCCACCUUACGAGCUUUGGCGUCCUACUGGACCUAUCUCGAACAUCCUUGCCACCUUCUCAGAUGAUGGCUCUGACGUUUAUCACAUACAUUGGUUGUGGGCUUUCAUCAAUUUUUCUGUCAGUUACUCUGGUAACCUACUUAGCCUUUGAAAAGAUUCGGAGGGAUUAUCCUUCCAAAAUCCUCAUCCAGCUGUGUGCAGCUCUGCUCCUGCUGAACCUGGUAUUUCUCCUGGACUCAUGGAUAGCUCUGUAUGACAUGCGAGGCCUCUGCAUCUCGGUGGCUGUAUUUCUGCAUUAUUUUCUCUUGGUCUCAUUCACAUGGAUGGGCCUGGAAGCAUUCCAUAUGUACCUGGCCCUUGUGAAAGUGUUUAAUACUUAUAUCCGGAAAUACAUCCUUAAAUUCUGCGUUGUUGGUUGGGGGCUACCAGCUGUGGUCGUGACCAUCAUCCUGGCUAUAUCCCCGAAUAACUACGGCCUUGGGUCCUACGGGAAAUUCCCCAAUGGCUCACCUGAUGACUUUUGCUGGAUCAACAGCAAUGCUGUAUUCUAUAUUACAGUUGUGGGAUAUUUCUGUUUGAUAUUUUUGCUGAACGUCAGCAUGUUCAUUGUGGUCCUGGUUCAGCUCUGUCGAAUUAAAAAGAAGAAACAACUGGGAGCCCAGCGGAAAACCAGUAUUCAAGACCUCAGGAGCGUCGCCGGCCUUACGUUUUUACUGGGCAUUACUUGGGGCUUUGCCUUCUUUGCCUGGGGACCAGUUAACGUCACUUUCAUGUAUCUCUUCGCAAUCUUUAACACCUUACAAGGAUUUUUCAUAUUCAUCUUUUACUGUGUAGCAAAAGAGAACGUCAGAAAGCAAUGGAGGCGGUAUCUUUGUUGUGGAAAGUUACGGCUGGCUGAAAAUUCUGACUGGAGUAAAACUGCUACUAAUGGUUUAAAGAAGCAGACUGUAAACCAAGGAGUGUCCAGCUCUUCAAAUUCCUUACAGUCAAACAGUAACUCCACGCACUCCACCACGCUGCUGGUGAAUAACGAUUGCUCAGGCCUUGCGAGCGGGAAUGGGAAUGCUUCAACAGACAAGAAUGGUGUUUCUUUCAGUGCUCAGAAUGGAGAUGUGUGCCUUCAUGAUUUCACUGGGAAGCAGUACAUGUUUACCGAGAAAGAAGAUUCGUGCAAUGGUAAAGGCCGUCUCGCUCUCAGAAGGACUUCAAAGCGGGGAAGCUUACACUUUAUUGAGCAAAUGUGAUUCCUUUUUCUAAAAUCAAAGCAUGAUGCUUGACAGUGAAAAUGUCCAAUUUUACCUUUUACACAAUGUGAGAUGUAUGAAAAUCAACUAAUUUUAUACUCAGCAACCUCUGGAGGAACAUACGCUAAUUGAGGGCAAUGGUUAUUGAAAGAGGAAACCCAAGACGUUAUACAUGGUUUUUAGACAUUUGCUGUCUCGUUUUUUUUAUCCUUCAUUUUAAAAGAAGAUUGGGUUUAAACAACACAGUAAGAAUAAGACUCGUUUAAAAUCAAAGUAGUUCAUUUCUAGCCACAUUUUAAAGAGGCUGAGUCAUCUAUGAUAAGGUCCUAUAAAGCAACUGUUGACUUCAGCCUGUUGGUGAGUUUAGUUGUGCAUGCCUUUGUUAUAAAUAAGCUAAAUUCUAGUGCCCCACAUGUCACAUAUCUUCUACGUUUUUUUGUAUUUAUUUUCUUUUUUAAAUUUUUAUUGUUAUGUUAAUCACCAUACAUUACAUCAUUAGUUUUAGAUGUAGUGUUCCAUGAUUCAUUGUUUGUGCAUAACACCCAGUGCUCCAUGCAGAACGUGCCCUCCUCAAUACCCAUCACCAGGCUAACACAUCCUCCAACCCCCCUCCCCUCUAGAACCCUCAGUUUGUUUUUCAGAGUCCAUCGUCUCUAACGGUUCAUCUCCCCCUCCAAUUUCCCCCCCUUCAUUCUUCCCCUCCUGCUAUCUUCUUCUUCUUCUUUUUUAACAUAUAAUGUAUUAUUUGUUUCAGAGGUACAAUGUGUAAAUUAAUUUCUUUGUAGAAUCGUGGUUGUGUUAUUGUGUCUAAUGUGAUAAUUCAGAAAAUCCUUGCUGGUUCAGCUCCUUUUGGAGAUUAUAUGGGAUGUGAAAUACAGAAGCAUCACUGAAAUCAAGAAAUAAUGCUGCCAGCCAGACUGGAAAAAGUGUGCGCAGACAGUGCGCAAUUAGCUCAUAUAGUGCCUUUGAGCGAGUUGGAAAAAGGUGCCCCUACUGGGCAGACACAGCCCCGAGGGCUCAUGGUUUGUCAAACAAAGUGGGGGCCAUAUUUGAGCCCCACGCAUCCUCUCGGGUGCACCCUUGUGCAGGGCACCACGAGUACAGCCAUGUGCGGCACCCAGUCCCAAUACCCAUCUCCUGAUCUCGUCCCUAAUCACCUUGGCCAUGGAGAAGGAUGGACCUGUAAUCAGGAAGAUUGUGAAUGUGGAGGAGAAACAUACACUGCCGCUUCUCAAAUCCCCAGAGCCUUUCAGAAAAGGGGAGUAGAGUCUACGGCCGGCCAUACCACCCUGAACGCGCCCGAUCUCGUCUGAUCUCGGAAGCUAAGCAGGGUCGGGCCUGGUUAGUACUUGGAUGGGAGAAAAGGGGAGUAGAGUAGGAUUCCUUUUUAAAGGAGAUGUAUAUGAGGAAAAAAAAAAAUCAUACUGCUCUUCUUUAAAAGGUGACUGCAUAGUACUUUAGUUGUUAGGACUGGUACACUCUGGCCCUGCCAGAGCUAUAAUUAUUUCUUAAAAGGUGUCAAGUGUUGAAGAAUGUAUAGUGACAAGGGGGAGCAGCUGUUGGGAACGUGAACUAUCCUGCAGUGCUAUUGUUUCCAUAUGUAUCAAACCCUGAUUGCUCCUAGUUAUAGAGGGUUUAUCUUGCUUCCCGCCUAUAGCUAGCUGCCUGAACAAUGCCUCAAGUGUGUCCUGAUUAGGAACCUUGCAAAACCCUGUAGUUCGGUCUUUCACUAUGGUUCCCUUGCAUAUAUUUCAAGUGAAUGUUGUAUCCCCGACUAACCACAAUAAUAAUGUAAUACACUUCUGUGAGUGCUGAUUUGCCUUUGCAAGAUUUCUUCUCUGAUUUAUUUAAUUGUCUUGUAUUUAUGUUAAAAUCGACAAAAAUGUUAAGAUCGCCAAAAUAAAUUUGUAGUUCAGUC